AUGUGUUCCACCGACAUCUUCCUUGGCUUCCUAGCCAUUCUCUUCCCACCUCUGCCUGUCUGGGUAAAAUCCGGCAUCUGCUCCGCCGACUCCUUCAUCAACCUCCUGCUCUGCGUCCUCGGCUUCCUCCCCGGCCUCCUGCACGCCUGGUACAUCAUCGCGAAGAACCCGACCCCACCAUUCGACUACGACGGCGCCGCCUACGAUGCCAACGAAUCCGGUGCUGUUCGUGGUGAGGGUGGUCAGCGCAUCUACGUCUUUGUUCACGACCAAAAUGGCAACCAAACCGGUGGCCGCCACCAUCACCAAAGCAACAAGCAGCACCAGAUUCAGCCCCAACGACAAGGAAACAUGAACUACGGCACCACCACCACUUCUGGUGGACAACACGCGCCUCAAGAUUCGGGUAUCGCGCACGCUGGCCCUAGUGCAGGAGGCGACAACGCCGCGCCCCCGCCGAGUUACGCGCAAGUGGUAGCGGGUGAUCACAAGGUUCAGACUCAGGAUUAG